GUUUGACGACAUUGACCUGCCCUCAGCAGUGAAGUAUCUGAUAGCCAGUGACCCCAACCUGCAGGUGCUGGGUGCUGCCUACCUGCAGCACAAGUGCUACAGCGACAGCAGUGCCAAAAAGCAGGCCCGCAGCCUGCAGGCCAUGCCCAAACUGGUGAAGCUGUUCAACAGCCCGAACCAGGAGGUGCAGCGCCACGCCACCGGCGCCAUGCGCAACCUCAUCUACGACAACGUCGAGAACAAGCUGGCGCUGGUGGAGGAGAACGGCAUCUACGAGCUCAUGCGUACUCUGAGGGAGCCUGACGAUGAGCUCCGCAAGAAUGUCACAGGGAUCCUGUGGAAUCUCUCCUCCAGUGACAAUCUGAAGGAUCGCCUGGCCCGGGACACACUGGAGCAGCUCACAGACCUGGUCCUUGUGCCCCUCUCUGGGCUAGGGGGCUCUGGUGUGAUUCAGCAGAACCCCUCAGAGGCAGAGAUCUUCUACAACUCCACAGGCUUCCUCAGGAACCUGAGCUCUGCCAGCCAGCAGACCCGGCAGAAGAUGCGUGAGUGCCACGGGCUGGUGGACUCCAUGAUCCACUACGUGAACAGCUCCCUGGAGGUGGGGAAGUCAGAGGACAAGAGCGUGGAGAAUGCAGUCUGUGUCCUGCGCAAUCUGUCCUACCGCCUGUAUGACGAGAUGCCUCCAUCCUCACUCCAGCGCCUCGAGGGCCACAGGAGGAAUGCUGGAGGCACGAUGACGGGGGAGCUGGUGGGCUGCUUCAGUCCCCAGAGCAAGAAAGCUCGGGAGCACUACCUGAACGCCGACAUCGUCACCUUCACUGAGGUUUCCAAGGACCCCAAGGGCAUGGAGUGGCUCUGGAACCCGCAGAUCGUGGGCAUCUACAACCGGCUGCUGCAGCGCUGUGAGCUCAACAAGCACACAACAGAGGCAGCCUCGGGUGCCCUGCAGAACAUCACUGCUGGGGACCGCAGGUGGGCAGGGGUGCUGAGCCGGCUGGCGCUGGAGCAGGAGCGCAUCCUGAACCCCGUGCUGGACCGUGUCCGUACCGCCGACCACCACCAGCUGCGCUCCCUGACGGGGCUCAUCCGCAACCUGUCCCGCCAUGCCCGCAACAAGGACGAGAUGUCCACCAAGGUGGUCAGCCACCUGAUUGAAAAGCUGCCUGGGAGCGCUGGGGACAAGGCACCGCCCGCUGAUGUCAUCGUGAACAUCAUUGCGGUCCUCAACAACCUGGUGGUGGAAAGUCCCAUGGCUGCCCGUGACAUUGUCUACUUUGAUGGCCUCAGGAAGCUUUUCUUCAUCAAGAAGCGACGGGACAGCUCGGACAAUGAGAAGUCCUCCCGGGCUGCUGCUAGUCUUCUGGGAAACAUGUGGCAGUACACCAAGCUCCAUCGGGACUUCAAAAUGAAGGGGUACCGGAAGGAGGACUUCCUCAGCCUGUGA